UCUUGGUACAGCUGUUCAAGACAGUUUAAGAAUUGUCAAGAAUAUUCUAGGGUUUAUCUUAAUUCUUAAUUCUUAUGCAGUGCCUGUUAAUUUGUUAAACAAUAUUUUUAUUAUAUCAAUUUGAAAAAAGUAAUUAAAAAUGCCACAAGGUCGCAAAAAAACACCCUUCAGUGGAAAAGCAAAACGACAACAAAUGCAAGCAAAAAAACAUCGUCAACAAUCAUUAUUAGUAGGUCAUCGAGGGCGUGGAGAUGACGAUGGUGACACUGAAGAAGAUUCAGAACACUCUAAAAUUCAAAAAAUCAAUAAACAACCACGUGAUUCAACUGGGAAAAACAAAUAUGCUUUACAAUUUUUUCAAGAAAGUAAAGAAGAGUUGAUGAAAAGACGUGAAGAUGGUCGUAAAACAAUAGUACCAGUUUCAUUGAAAGAUCAAGAAGUUGCUGAUAAUUUUUUUCCACCUGGUCUUGAUAUACCAAAAAGACCAGCAUGGGAUUUUAGUAUGAGCAGAGAACAUCUAGAAGCUAAAGAACAAAAAUAUUUUGUUGAAUACUUGAAAAAUAUUGAGACUCUAGGAAAGAUGAGUUAUUUUGAGCUUAAUUUAGAAACAUGGAGACAAUUAUGGCGUGUUCUUGAAAUGUCAGAUUUAUUAUUGAUAAUUGUUGAUAUAAGAUAUCCAGUUAUGAUGUUUCCUCCAUAUCUUUACAAUUAUAUUACAAAUGAUUUGGGUAAAGAUAUGAUAUUGGUAUUAAACAAAAUUGAUUUAGCACCAGCAUCGCUAGUCGUUGCAUGGCGUGAUUAUUUCAAUAAAAAUUAUCCAAAAUUACAUAUACUAUUUUUUACAUCAUAUCCAACAUAUAAUAUUCGUGGUAAUACACAAGAUGGUGAAGGUUUAAAAAAUCGUAGAAGAAAAGGUAAACUAAAAAUGGCUGCUGAAGGUGCACAAAAGUUACUUGAAACAUGUAAAAAUAUUGUUAAUGAUAAAGUUGAUUUAUCAUCUUGGCAUGAUAAAAUACAAGAAGAAAUGAAUACGGAAUAUGAUUUAGAUGAUAUUGAUAGAAAAGAUAAUGUUACCAUUGAAAAAGAAGAUACAAGUUUUUUUAAACAUGAAAAAUAUAAAAAUGGUAUAUUAACAAUUGGUUGUAUUGGUACACCAAAUGUUGGUAAAUCAUCAUUAAUGAAUGCAUUAAUGGGAAAAAAAGUUGUUAGUGUAUCACGUACACCAGGACAUACAAAACAUUUUCAAACAAUAUUUUUAACUAAAACAGUUUGUCUUUGUGAUUGUCCUGGUCUUGUAUUUCCUUCAACAGUACCAAAACAAUUACAAAUACUUAUGGGAUCAUUUCCAAUUGCUCAAGUGAGAGAACCAUAUACGACAAUUAAAUAUUUAGCUGAACGAAUGGAUCUUCCAAAGUUAUUAAAUAUACAACAUCAAGACAAUGAUGAUACUUGGUCAGCAAUGGAUAUUUGUGAUGGAUGGGCAGCUAAAAGAAAUUAUGUUACAGCACGUGCAGCUAGACUUGAUACUUAUCGUGCUGCUAAUUCAUUAUUACGUAUGGCUCUUGAGGGAAAAAUUUGUCUUUUUAUUUAUCCACCUGGAUGGGCAGCAAAUAAAGAAAAAUGGGAAAAUGAUCCUUAUGUCGAGGUCAUUUCAUGGAUUCAAGCGAGUACCACUCGUCACACUGAAGAUUUGGAUAUUCAAGAAUUUUCUUCAUCCGAAGAAGAUGAUAAACCUUCUGAAAAAUCAAAACAUUCUCAUACUGAUGAUGGCAAUGAAUCAGAAGAUGAAUCUGAGGAUGAUUCAGACAAUGAAUUGCCUGUUAUGAAAAAUAAAUUUGAUGCAUUACCAGCAGAUUAAUUAAAAUUAAAAUUUGUGCCAAAAUUAGUUUAUCAUAUCUAAAAAAAAAAAACAACGAAAAAAAAAGUAAAUCAAGGCCAAUUAAGAAAGAAAAAUUUCUCUUGUUAGUCAUUAAUUAAUUAAUACACAGUUUAUUUUAGAAAUAUUAAAAAUAUUCUAUUUGUUUUUUUUAAAUUGUUUAACCUUUUUUUUUACAACUCACUUUCAUGUUUAUCUCAGUUUUUCACAAAUAGAAAAAAUAAAACAAUAAAAAAAUAUUAAUCUAUUAAAUUUUAUAAAUUAAUUUAAAUUAUUUUUUUUUUUCACUAUUUUUAAAUACUGAAUAGCUGUUGGCGCGUGUCAUUAAAAUAAUACUGAUUUAUUUAAUCUAAUUUUUACAGGAACUGCUGCAUUAAUGACGAUCACAAAUGCAUCAAGUCAACAAAUUUAUCUAUUUAAAAGUUAAAAACAAAAUAGAUAUAAUUUAUUUACUUAUUAUUUAUUAUCAUUAAUAUUAUAUUUAGUCUUCAAAGUAGGACAUUUUAAAGAACUUAAUAAUUUUUUUCUUCUUAACUGUCAUUCGUGGAGUAUAGUAUUAUUAUUGUUAAAAUGUUGGUAAUUUUAAAUUCGUCAUUAAUCGUAUUGACUGUAUUGAUCUGAAAAAUUUAAUUGAAUUAAUUAUUAAUCUAACAAGUCAUCAUAAAAUCAGGUAAAUAAUUUUUUGUAUAAAUUAACAAUAAAGCUGAUGAGAUUUUGAACGAAAUAAUAAAAUACUAAGGACAAGUAGAUAAUGAAUUAAUGUAAACACAGAAACUAUGCUGGGAGCUACUGUCCUUAUUAUUUUAUUUAUUUAAAACAUGAGUUACAGAUGAGUUUGUAACUGAUUUGAAUAAAUUAAAAUACGAGGGAAGAGCUAUAGCAGGAGGUAACACCUGUAAUUAAUUUUGUAAAUAAUUCAAAUUUAUUUAUUUAUUUUUUUUUAAUGGAAAUGAAAUUUAUAUUUAUAUAUUGAAUUAAUAAUAUUUUGAUACAAUAUUUUUGUUUUUAAUGAAAAUGAAAUUCAAAUUUUUUGUUGAAUUAAUAUUAUAUUUAAUUCGAUAUAAUUUCUAGCUUUGCUAAAAUAAUUGUGUCACAGUUAAUAAAAAUAUGUUGUUAACAA